GCGAAGUAAAGGAAAACUGGGCUGGAAUUAUCGGACUGUCUAACUGAGAGGGGAGGGGGCUGGCGAUCGAAAACGAGAAGAGAUCUGGGGUCUCAUACUGCGCCAUUGGACUGCGGCACUCUUUUCCAUCUGUCAUAGCUGCUGCAGGAGAGGUCUUGCCGACUCCACUCUCGCCCAGGCCUCUGCUGCCUUUACCGCCGCGUCCGAGCCGCCGGAGUCCUGGUCCCUGGCCCUCUCAGCCUUGCACUGUUGCUGCCUUCGCUGUGGUUGUCAUCUCUACCGCCGCCGCCGCCCCAAGCAUCCGUGAGUCCUUUUCUGCCCAUCUCCGGGCGCGCGAUCUCCGCGGUAGUCACCACCUUAAGAGGUUUGCAGGCUUUGGGGAUGGCAGAAGCGGAUCCUAAAACGGUUUUGGAACCUGCCAGCGAGGGGGUUGCUGAAGAGGAGAUGGCUAGCUCUGCUAGUGAUUCUGGGGAAGAAUCUGAGAGCAGUAGCUCUAGCAGCGGCAGCAGCAGCAGUAGCAGCAGUAGCAGCAGCAGUAGCAGUAGCAGCAGCAACAGCAGUAGCAGCACUUGCAGCAGCCGCAGCCGCUUAUACAGAAAGAGGAGGUUUCCGGAGCCUUCCAGAAGGGCGCAACGGGCUCCGUGGCGUAGAAGUUUCGUGGAGAGUCUACCUCAGGCUGUUAGAAACCGUGUGCAGGCUCUCCGAAAUAUUCAAAAUGAAUGUGACAAGGUGGAUGCCAUGUUCCUCAGGGCGAUUCAUGAUCUCGAAAGAAAGUAUGCACAACUCAAUAAGCCUCUAUAUGAUAAGCGAUUUCAGAUCAUCAAUGCAGAAUAUGAGCCUACCGAAGAAGAAUGUGAAUGGAAUUCUGAGGAUGAGGAGUUCAGCAGUGAUGAGGAGGUGCCGGAUGCCAGCCCUAGUGAAAUGCCUCCUUUAGAGGGUGAGGAAGAUGACCCCAAAGAAAAAAGUGAGAUGAAAGCUGAAGAAAAGGAAGCCGUUGAAGACAUCCCUGAGGCAAAGGCUGAAGGAAAGGAAGAGCCUAAAGAAAUUCCCGAGGUAAAGGCUGAAGAAAAGGAAAUUCCUGAAGAAAAUGCUGAGGUGAAAGCUGAAGAAAAGGAAGUUCCUGAAGAAACCUCUGAGGUAAAGGCUGAAGACAAGGAAACUCCUGGAGAAAAUCCCGAGGUAAAGGCUGAAGACAAGCCAACUGCCAGAGAAGAUCCUGAGGUAAAGGCCACAGAAGAAGAAAAAGAAGAUUCUGAAGAUUGUAUGCGGACAACACCUGAAGAAAAGGAAGACUCUAAAGAAGUCGCCCAGGUAAAGGCAGAUGAUACGGAAGAGCUUAAAGCAACAAAACCUAAGGUAAGGGUUGCUGUCAGAGAGGCUCAUAAAAGACUUCAUGAGACAAGGCCUAGAGAAAGAAUGAAUCUUAAAAGAGCUAGAAAGGGAAAGCCUAAAAGAGAGGAUCCCAAAGGCAUUCCUGAUUACUGGCUAAAUGUUUUGAAGAAUGUUGACAGACUGGGACCUAUGAUUCAGAAGUAUGAUGAGCCCAUUCUGAGGUUCCUGUCAGAUAUUAGUCUGAAGUUCUCAAAACCUGGCCAGCCUAUAAGUUACACUUUUGAAUUUCAUUUUCUACCAAAUCCAUACUUCAGAAAUGAGCUGCUGGUGAAGACAUACAUAAUAAAAUCAAAGCCAGAUCACAAUGAUCCCUUCUUCUCUUGGGGAUGGGAGAUUGAAGAUUGCAAAGGCUGCAAGAUAGAUUGGAGAAGAGGAAAAGAUGUUACCGUGACAACCACCUACAGCCGCACAACUGCUACUGGAGAAAUUGAAAUCCUGCCAAGAGUGGUUCCUAAUGCAUCAUUCUUCAAUUUCUUUAGCCCUCCUGAGAUCCCUCAUAUCGGCAAGCUGGAACCACGAGAAGAUGCCAUCCUUGAUGAGGACUUUGAAAUUGGUCAGAUUUUACAUGAUAACGUCAUCCUGAAAUCCAUUUAUUACUACACUGGUGAAGUCAACGGUGCUUACUACCACAACGGCAAAGAUUAUGGAAACAGGAAGUAUCGGAAGUAAAGAAAAAUGCUGGCUGCAAGAUUUUUCAAGGAACUUACAAGUUCCAUCAGAAGUGAAGCAAGUUAAUACAGUACAGAAAGAAAAAAGAGAAAAAAAGAAAACCUGCCCUAUAACUUGAACACUAUUCCGUAUUCCUUACGUUCUUGUGUUCUCAUAUUUUCUUGGUAGUCUGUUUAAAAAUUGUUCCCAAGAUGUCUAAGUAUCAGUUCAUUCUAGCCUGUUGUAUUGUGAUAUUUUUCAAAAUAUGUAAACUGCUGUCAAUGAUCUAAAGCAUGUUUGGUGCUACAGAGUAUUGAUUUUUGUGAGGUCUUUUUGUCAUGUUACUCUUUGAUUAUAGCUGUGAACAAAAUGCCAGAGUUGUUAACUGAGACAAAUACUUGCUUGAAAAAAAACAAAGUUGCUGAUGUACCAAUGCAAAUGUUUUUUUUUUUCUUUUUCUCCCAGCCCAGAAGACUGAAGGUUUAAAUCUGCUUGCACUAUAUGUGCCUUUAUUACUUUGCUGUAGAAAUACAAUACUUGUGCUAACUAGAAAAGUACAUUGUGAAAUUUGCUUGGAAAAAAAGGUUAGUAUGCUUUUAAGAAGGUCUGUCAAAGCCAUGUUUGAUUUCUGUGAAUUUGUUUAUUUGAGAUAGGUGUGUAUAAAUUAAUUAUAAUGGAGUUAUUAUUUAUACUGAUGUGUUAAUUUGAAAUUGUAUUUUUAAAAAUUGUAUUCAUCUUAUAUUAUGUAAUUGUAAACUAAAGAUAAUGCAGUUUCUUUGUAACAUGUUCUUUGCCUUUCACUGAAAAUGAUCAUUUUACAUCAUUUGAUACUUUAUUGCAAC